AUGGCUUCGGAAUCACAGCAGUUGAUGCAGGCCAUCGACGUGUACAACAAGGGCACCAAGGCCUGGUUCGAAGAUGACCAACACGGCUGGGUAUCCGGCACGCUUCUGUCAAAAGAAGUGACAGAAACCAGCGUGAAAAUGACGUUUCAGGAUGAUGACGACGAUUCCAAGCAACAUGAAUUUGAAAGCACCUUGGCGCAACUGCAAAAAACCAACGGUGGCAACUUGCCGCCUCUCAGGAACCCUCCCAAAAUGGAAAACACCGAUGAUCUGACUAAUUUGAGUUAUCUCAACGAACCUUCCGUUUUGAAUACCAUCCGCACUCGAUACCAGCAGCGUAAUAUUUAUACCUAUUCCGGCAUUGUAUUGAUUGCCGCCAACCCGUUCGAUCGUGUACCGCUUUACGAAGCCGACAUUAUUCAGCAAUAUUCCGGACGCCGUCGCGGUGAGUUGGAGCCUCACUUAUUUGCUAUUGCUGAGGACGCCUAUCGUUGUAUGAUUCGCGAAAAAACGAAUCAAACCAUCGUCGUCUCGGGUGAAAGUGGUGCAGGUAAAACUGUGAGUGCCAAAUACAUCAUGCGUUAUUUUGCUACAGCCGAUGAUGAUGAAUCGGGUAAAAAACGCGAUACCUCAUCUGGCAUGACGGAGGUGGAAGAACAGAUUCUCGCGACCAACCCUAUCAUGGAAGCGUUUGGCAAUGCCAAAACAACACGAAACGACAACAGUUCUCGAUUUGGUAAAUACAUUGAGAUUCAAUUUGACCAACGAGCCAAUAUCGUGGGCGCCAAAAUUCGAACCUAUCUCUUGGAGCGUUCGCGAUUGAUUUUCCAGCCUGAAACGGAACGCAAUUACCACAUUUUUUAUCAACUCUGUUCAGGUGCUCCUUUGACGGAAAGAAAGGAAUUGGAAUUGAAGGAUUGGACCAAAUUCCAUUAUCUGAAUCAAAGUGGGACGGGUGUGGUACCCAAUGUGGAUGAUGCGGAAGAAUUUGAUUUGACGCAGCGAUCGUUAUCUCUUGUCGGUAUUUCGGUUCAAACGCAAUGGCAGAUCUUCCGUCUGUUGGCGGCAUUACUGCAUAUCGGUAAUAUUGAAAUUGGCGGACGAAACGACGCCACGUUAUCCGAAACUGAGCCUUCUUUGGUGACCGUGACGAAAUUGCUGGGCAUCAACCCUAGCGAAUUCCGAAAAUGGCUCGUUCGCAAACAGAUCAUCACACGAUCCGAAAAAAUUGUAUCGAACCUCAACCCUACGCAGGCGACCGUUGUUCGUGAUUCGGUAGCGAAAUAUAUUUAUGCCAGUUUAUUCGACUGGUUGGUCAAUGUGGUCAAUGAGAGUCUGUCCUGUCACGAAGAAGGUCGUGUAGCCACCUUUAUCGGUGUGCUGGAUAUUUAUGGUUUUGAACAUUUCAAGAAGAAUUCCUUUGAACAAUUUUGUAUCAAUUACGCCAAUGAAAAGCUGCAACAACAGUUCAAUCAACACGUGUUUAAACUUGAACAAGAAGAAUACGUACGAGAGCAGAUCGAUUGGAAGUUUAUUGAUUUCAGUGAUAACCAAAAAUGUAUUGAAAUGAUUGAAGCCAAGCUCGGUAUUCUUUCGUUGUUAGACGAGGAAUCUCGUUUGCCAUCCGGAUCCGAUCAAGGAUUUUGCGAUAAACUGUACGCGAAUUUUGCCACCCCCGCUUACAAAAAUUAUUUCAAGAAACCUCGAUUUUCAAAUGCUGCAUUUACCGUGGUGCACUAUGCUCACGACGUGCAAUACGAAGCCGAAGGGUUUAUUGACAAGAACAAGGAUACCGUACCUGACGAGUUGCUAAACUUGCUUCAAAACGCGGAUUCCACCUUCCUCGUGGAAAUGCUGCGAUCCGCCACUGCUUCCGCGGCUGCACAAGUUGUCGACACGCCGAAAAAGUUGAAUGCAGCCAAGAAGCCAACCUUGGGUUCCAUUUUCAAGUUGUCGCUGAUCAAUUUGAUGGAGACCAUUGGACAAACAAAUGUACAUUACAUCCGUUGUAUCAAACCAAACGAAGCCAAAGUCGCGUGGGUGUUUGAACCCAACAUGGUGCUAGCACAGCUUCGUGCGUGCGGUGUGCUGGAAACCAUCCGUAUCAGUUGUGCGGGAUAUCCAUCACGAUGGACGUUUGAAGACUUUGCUGAUCGAUACUAUGCUCUUGUCAAUUCCAAAUAUUGGGAUCCAAACACGAAUCCAGACAUCCACAACCUGUGUACGGUGAUUCUCGAUACGUAUAUCCAGGACCCUGAUAAAUACCAAGUCGGUCUUACAAAGAUCUUUUUCCGAGCAGGACAACUUGCAUAUAUGGAAAAAUUGCGAUCGGACCGAUGGAACGAAUGCACCAUUCUGCUGCAGAAAAAUAUGCGCCGAUUCAUCGUUCGCCUUCGCUAUUUGCGCAUGAAAGAUAUUGCCAUUCGAUUGCAACAGAUUGCACGUAAAAAGAUGGGCGUUCGUAAAUUGGAAUUAUUACGGCAGGAGAAAGCGGCCAUCAAGAUUCAAACGGCGUGGCGAAGAUAUAUUGCACGAAAACGGUAUCUGCAACAGAAAAUGUUCACUGUGCAAUUGCAAGCAGUGGUACGAGGCCAUUUGGCGAGAAGACAGUUUGGUCAUUUCAAAAAAAACUUUGCUGCCACGCAAAUUCAGCGUCUGAUUCGCGGAUGGAUGGCCCGAAAACUGUAUCAUGCACGACGUGAUCAUAUUAUUGCGGUGCAGUCACAUGUACGACGACGUCAGGCGCAGAAGAAAUUGAUCGCCAUGCGUGCAGAUGCCCGGUCGGCGAGCCAUUUCCAGGAGGUGUCAUAUAAACUGGAAAGCAAGGUUGUCGAGCUGACGCAGUCGUUGACCCAGCAAAAAUCCGAAAAGGAGGAACUAAGAAACAAAGCCUCCCAACUGGAAACCGAAGUGAAAACAUGGAUGGAAAAGUACGAAAAGCUUAACAACAAAGCCAAGGAACUCCAAACCGCUUUGGAAGCCUCGUCUACGUUGCAAGUGGAAUUACAAACCGUCCAAAAAGAACGUGACCAGCUUCAAAAGAGCUACCAGACUUCCUUGGACAAGAUUAAAAAGCAAGAGGACGAUUAUAUCAAAUUGUCCGACGAGUUAUCCAAGCACAAGGAGGAAAUCACCUCGCUUCGCAACGGGCAACAGCAGCAACCACCACAACGAUCCAUGUCCAGGUCAGGCUCCGGUACGCGAUCGGAAGACAGGGCCGAUGUGAUGGAACUGAAAAAUCAGAUUGCAGUGCUGAAAGCGCAGCUCGCGCAAUCACUUAAAGUGCAACCGAAGCGGCAGCAGUCGGUGAACGCAUUCUCGCGAAACUUGUCGCCGGCUCGAGAACAACGACGAGCCAUGUCACCUGAAUCACCUAUUCCUCGUGGUCGGUCCCCAACGGGGGCCAGUGUGCCUUUCCGACGCAACAGUCUGGCCGAUAGUGGCAAAUCGAAACGUGACCCGGUCGGCAGUAACCGAGUGAUCUAUGCUGAACCAGAUCAGAUGAGACCCAUGUCCAUUGAUCACUUUAACAAGUUGCGUGGCACGGAAGCCGAAACCAAUCCAGAAGAGGCGAUUCAUCGUCUGUUGAAUGAAGAUGAAGGGUUCCUGGAGGAAGAAAUUUUGGAAGGAUUAAUUCGAUCUUUAAAGAUCAUUCCACCGAAUCCGCAAAAUCCGCCGCUCAAACCGGAAGUGAUGUUCCCGGCUCACAUUAUCGGUCUUUCCGUGACGCAAAUGUGGCGAUACGGAUAUCUUGCUGAAUCAGAACGGUUAAUAUUCACUGUCAUGGAUACCAUUCAAAAAUACUGCUUGAGCUUCACGGGUGAAGAGACGAUUGUUCCUUGUGCUUAUUGGUUAUCGAAUGCGCAUGAGCUCUUGUCGCUGGUUUGCUCGACGGAACAGGAAUUGGAACGAGAAAUGCAUUACAAUGCGAUGAACGGCCGUCGAGCGGUUGGAUGGCACGAUUUUGAGAAAUUGGUGGCUCUGGUGAAAUAUGAGCUUCAGUGCCUUGAAGACAACAUUUACCAUCACUGGUUGACAGAACUCAAAAAGAAGCUCAGUAAAAUGGCCGUGCCGGCUGUGAUAGAAAACCAAUCGCUUCCUGGUUUCAUUGCCAAUGAUACAGGACGCUUUUUCGGCAAGAUAUUGUCAGGCAGCAGCCAACCCGCGUUUUCCAUGGACGAUUUGUUGAAUUUUAUGAAUCAAAUUUAUCGAGCCCUGAAAUGCUACUUUGCGGCGCCAUUUGUGAUUGAACAGGUGUUAACGGAACUUCUCAAACUCAUUGGUAUCACGACCUUCAAUGAUCUUGUGAUGCGUCGUAACUUUAAUUCAUGGAAACGAGCGAUGCAAAUUCAAUACAACAUCACACGCUUGGAAGAAUGGUGCAAAACGCACGAAGUAGCCGAUGCGACGGUGCAACUGGAGCACUUGACACAGGCCGCAAAACUGCUGCAACUGAAAAAGUCAACAUUGGAAGAUGUGAAGAUUAUCUAUGAUGUAUGCUGGAUGUUGGCACCAACUCAAGUCCAAAAACUGAUUCAAAACUACAUUGUAGCCGAUUAUGAGGCAAGUAUUUUUUUUCAUUAUUAUUUUCCCACUGAUCCCAUCAGCAAUGAUAUCUUGGGAGCAGUAGCAUCACGCGUGGACAGCGGUGAUACAAAUGACAUUCUGCUACUUGACAAUGUGUCAUUGGACGAUAGUCCUUACGAAGUCCCUGAACCGCAUACAGUUACAGCUAAUACAUAUCUGCCGGCUUUCGUAAGUCUAGAGAAAAUCCAAGGAUGGGUUUAUUUACACGCUUUAUUGAGGAUGGCCUUAUUAAAAAAAUUUCUUUGUCACUGUAGCUCAAUCUGA